AGAUUUCCAUACAUCAACACUUAAGAUGCCAACUCUUUUUCUUUGUCCACGAGGGUUUGCUUACUAUCUACCUCAGACACUCACUCGCACCCGGUCGGCGCUCUCAGCAAUCACGAAAGUUCCACCAUCCAACUGCAAACGUUCCUCCAAUGUCAGCAACCACCUUCCCGGGCCAGGCAGGUAUGAGCCAAGAGCAAAGUACAGCGUUCAAACCGGAGCCAGUCCACAUUCGCCCUCAAAGACCCUCCCUCUUCCACCUCUCGCGGUACACCUCCCGCGGCACAGCCUUCAAGUCACCAACGGGUACCACAUAUCCCUCGAUUCCCCUCAAAGCAAUAGACGUCGUAGCCGCUCCUCCACCGAUGUAUUUUACCGAGUCGACCGAAUGUUUCGAUAUCCUUCCCGAAUACACCGAAGACGAUCUUGAAACUUUCCUUUCACUCCCGGAGUACUAUGAGGUGGAGUCACAGACCCGUCUCAGGCUUGGAAGGAUUGCACGGAAAGCAAAGAAAGCACGUCGCAAGUGUAGAUGGUCGAAGACCAGCUGUUGCUAUCUGCUGAUUUGCAUCACGUUUCAUGUGUUAGUUGGUCUUUUGCUUUAUUCAAUUGCUUCAGGAGCUAGGAGGAAGGCUGCUGAUCGCCAGCGGGCGGCUCUCGAGCAUGCAGCUGCAUAGAAGGAGCAGAAUGACAUGGAGGUUGUUCGAGUGGCAACUAGGAAGGAC